AGCCACACUGAGCAUCCUGGCUGCGGUGUUUUUGUCUGUAUGUCAGUGAGCGCUCCCGGGGCCGAGACGGCUGAAAGGAUUUCCAAAAAAGGGGGGAGGCAGGUGCCCACCUCAAAAGCGUGAGAGAAGGAAGGGAGUUGGAGGAGGCCGACCAAGAGCAGCUGUAUGGUGAGAGUUAGCGGGUGACUGAUAACAGCAUCCAGCCUAAAAUGGCCCAAGUGCUGCAUAUGGACCCCGGCUUCCCAGGGAAACUCAGCUCGCCAGCUCCCCCCUCCUUGCACGGCAAGGAACAGGAGGCGCCCUACUCAGUGGAGACCCCCUACGGUUACCGUCUGGACCUAGACUUCCUCAAGUAUGUCAACGACAUAGAGAAGGGGAACACCAUCAAGAAGGUGCCGAUUCAACGGCGUCCGCGCUACGGCUCGCUGCCCCGCGGCAGCUAUGGCUACACAGGCUCCUGGUGGACCUCCACCGAGUCUCUGUGCUCCAAUGCCAGCAUGGACAGUCGGCACUCCUCCUACUCCUACUGCGCCCCGGGCUACCACACCACACAGAGGCCCAGCUUCAGCACCGCUCGUGUGGAGAAGACCUUGCUGGAUGCGCGCAGGAAGCUGGAGGAGGAGAAAGAAGGACGGAGGUUCUGUAACCUGGGCAGCAUGCACAGCAGCGUGGCGGGCUCCAACACCUCCAUCAGCAGUGCGCACAGCUUCAACCGGGCCCAGGGUGGGGGAGGAACCUUCACUCCCGUGAGCUCCGGCCUCUCCACUCCGGUGACACCCACCCCGGCUCACCUGCAGCAUGUCAGGGAGCAGAUGGCAGCCGCCCUCAGGAAGAUCCGAGACCUGGAGGAGCAGGUAAAGACCAUACCUGUUCUCCAGGUGAAGAUCUCUGUGCUGCAGGAGGAGAAGCGCCAGCUCAGUGUCCAACUGAAGAGUCAAAAGUUUCUGGGCCACACAAUGAGUUUUAAUCGAGGUCGGAGCAGAGGAGAGCUGUACAUCGAUAUCCCAGAAGAAGAGGUGAGUGCUGGAGCAAAGGGCAGCGGCAAACCAUCAGGGCCGCUAUCUCCCACCACACCUGAGAGCUCCAAACAAGACUCAGGAUGUGAGAUUGAGGACACAGUUAUCGUGGCCGGAGCCAGGCCGGAUGCAAAGCGAGAGGUGCGCACAAUUGGAGUAGGACCAGAGGGAGAGAAGAGCAGCCGGCAGGUGGGGGUCGGAGUUCGGGAGGUGGAUCUGGGGCUACUGCCUGAGGCCGAGGCUUUAAAGAAUCAAGUGGUUCACCUGGAAGGUCAGCUGAAAAGAAUGAUGGAGGAGCUGCAGGCCACGCAGUUGCAGGCCACAUCUGCCCAGAAGGACACGGGCCCUCGGGCGGAGCACCCGGUGAUGGCCACCAGCAUGGGCUGGCAGGAGCUACAGGACAGCAACCUGCAGACUCUGGUCACCUUCACGCAGCAGUCCCCGCACAGGGAACAGAGGACUGUGGGGAUCCAGGUGUACACGCUGGAGCAGCCUACCGUGGUGGAGGUGGGCUCUCUGUUGCGAGCGGUGAGCUGCAGCCCACCUUCUGCGGCAGUUGAGGACCACCAUAGAGGACCAACUGAAGGUUCAACAGAAGCUCCAGCAGGCUUGCCGGUCGCAGUCAGUUCCAAGCAGGUCCGUGACGUUCUAAAGAGUGAGCUGUCCACCUCAGUACCCGUAUCCAACCCCGCCAUGACUGUAGGCACCGCCAGGAAUCAGAUGGCUGCAAUCGUGUAUUUCAAAGAGGAGGAGACACGCCUUGACGGAAGCGCAGAGUCACAAGAUGGCCACAUGACAGCCUCGUCUCCGUCUCUGAGGUCCAUCAUGAAACGGAAAGCAGAGGGGGAACCCGGCUCGCCGUCUACGAAGAAAAACCUUCAGUUCAUUGGUGUAAAUGGAGGCUACGAGUCAACAUCGUCAGACGAGAGCAGCAGCGACAGCUCGGAUGAAGGGAGCGACUCCAGUGAGUAUCACGAAGCCCGGGAAAAACUACCAGAGUCCACGGUCGAGCACCAGCGAACCUCCCAGCCUCUAGAGGGCAACGCCGUACUUCAGCAGACGUCUGCCAAAACAGCGGCCGAGCAUUCCGCCUCUCAGCCCACAACAACGGACCAAACUCCACUGUCUCCAGCGUCCGAGGCUGUAGCGCCAGAGUGUGGCUCCCAGACGACGGCGCCCGGCGCCAGCCUGGCACCUCCUUGUCCUGCCAAGGGGUCUGCCUGCCAGGAGAGUGCCAGCCUGCCGUCAACCACCAGCACUGAAUCCAAGUCGCAUGUUACCUCCUCAGCAGCUCAGUGUGUCGCUCAGAGUCCAGACGUUGCUAGGCAGCAGGCGGCAAACGCUACUGUCCCCUCCGGCCAACCCAAGCCAGCACCUGAGAGCGUCCCCACUGACGUGUCAGCUAAACAAGUCAGGCUGGAACUAAGCGAUAGCCUGAUGUCGGCUCUUCAUGACCUUCAGAAAGCCCUUGGAGAGCCUAACGCCUUCAGCGAACAAGGCGCCAGGGUGGCGUACACUAGCGUUCUGCAGGAGUGGCUGCGCGUGUCCUGCCACAAAGCAGCGGACGUGGCGGCGGUCAAGGCCUACACGGAUGCCUUCGCCGCGGUCUCCCCUCAGCUGCUGGAGUUUAUCAUCAACAUGGCGGACGGAAACGGGAACACGGCGCUGCACUACACCGUCUCACACUCCAACUUCCCUGUGGUCAAACUGCUGCUCGACACCGGCUUGUGCAAUGCUGACAGGCAGAACAAGGCGGGCUACACUGCCAUCAUGCUCACCGCCCUAGCUGCCUUCCACUCCGACAGUGACCUUCAAACUGUCCUACAGCUGCUGCGCACUGGGGACGUCAACGCCAAGGCCAGCCAGGCCGGUCAGACGGCACUGAUGCUGGCGGUCAGUCACGGCCGGGGUGACAUGGUGCGGGCCCUCCUGUCCUGCGGGGCCCAGGUCAACAUCCGCGACGAUGACGGCUCCACGGCGCUCAUGUGCGCCUGCGAGCACGGUCACGUGGACAUUGUGCGUCAGCUACUGUCUGUGCCGGGCUGUGACGCCACUCUCACUGACAACGAUGGCAGCACGGCGCUCUCCAUCGCUCUGGAGGCCAGCCAGAAUGACAUUGCUGUGCUUCUUUAUGCUCACCUCAACUUUGCAAAGCCUCCUUCCCCUGUUUCACCAAAAUCCCCUCUCCUGGGUUCCUCUCCUCCUCCUGCUGGCGAAACAAAAUAAAAGUCCACUGGUUCUGCAGCCGACAAGAUAACUACAAUUUUGUGUGUUUUUCACCCCUGUUCAUUUAAGCACAUUUAAUGGCUCAUUUGCAGAUGGUCACAUGAUUGCCUCCACUGUCGUUAUCAGCCUUUACAGCUGUGGGUUUUUUUAGGGUGGAGUUGUGUCAGCUAAACUCCGGCUCACAUUUGGUCACUAAUAACAUGAGAUGAUGUUUUUGUUGCUGCAUAAUUCACAUUUAUAAUAUAAAAGUGUCCUUGAUCAGUUGUCUCCACGCGGUCUGCGGUGCUACAAAAUACUGCACCGCUGCGACUGUUUUAUCCGUAUUUAUACAGUAUAUCAAACUUUAUGCACUCUAUUUUUGAUAGUUUUUCCUCAGGACUUCAGUGGAUUACUAUUUUUAUUUGAACCAGCAAACAAAUGAUUUUAAGUGUGGGGUGCACCAACAUUCCCUAAAAAGGCUUGGAUACUCUGCGUUUCCAUUUGUGAAGCUUGUUGGCUGUGCGGAAAGAGUUGUGUUUGUAAUUGUGAGUGUUUGACAGGACCGCUUGCUGUGGUCGUGUAUGGAGGAACAGAGUGGCGGGAGCGGGAAGUGACAGAUGAGGGUCUGUGAAGUUGUGUAUGAUAUCUAAAUAAUAUAUGUGUCAACUGGUAGCUAAUACAACAACAAAAACCUAAACCCUUGAGGCUGUUGAUGUCGACCUUUCUAAUACUUUUUAACCCCGCAAAUUUCAUAUUCACUUUUUGAGCGACUCAGUCUUUUAUAAACGUGUUCUUAAUUUAAGCAUCUAUCUUUUUUAUACAUGUAGGGUUUUUAAGCUCACACCUACUUGAUGUAACCUGCACAGAUCUUAAUUAAGCUCAUGUGUUAUAUGAAGGGUUAUGUACAAUUUUUUAGACUGUGUUUCUUCUAUAAUGUGUGCAUUUUUUGGAAGAAUUAUUAAUAAUAAAUAUGGACCACACUGUCUCUGUUGUUCCUUAUUAUUCUGUA